GAAAAUAAAUUUGGAAUGGGUGAACUCUUGCUCGUCCCUGAAGCAGAAUUUAAUCUGUUAGGACGAGAUUUAAUUGUUGAAUUGCAAUUAGAAAUUAAAGUGAAAAAUCAAGAGCUAACGGUGUCUGCUUAUCCUUUGACCGUGGAUGAUCAAAAACAAAUUAACCCCGAUGUCUGGUACUCUCCGGACACAAUUAGUAGACUGGAAAUCCCACUGAUUAAAAUCCAAAUUUCCGAACCCCACAUACCUGUGAGGGUAAGGCAAUAUCCCAUAUCCCUAGAAGGACGGAGAGGAUUAAAACCAGAAAUUGAUCGAUUAUUAGCACAAGGAAUCUUAGAGCCUUGUAUGUCACCCUUUAACACUCCCAUUCUGCCUGUAAAGAAACCAAAUGGGAAAUAUCGGCUCGUACAUGAUUUAAGGGAAAUAAACGAAAGAACUAUCACCCGGUUCCCUGUAGUAGCAAAUCCAUACACACUGCUAAGCAAGCUAGGACCCCAUAACUCCUGGUAUAGUGUGGCUGAUUUAAAGGAUGCCUUUUGGGCCUGUCCACUGGCAGAAGAAUGCCGUGAUUAUUUUGCCUUUGAAUGGGAAGACAUAGAGACAGGCCGUAGACAACAAUUGAGAUGGACCGUGCUCCCCCAAGGGUUCACUGAGUCCCCUAAUCUGUUUGGACAGGCCCUGGAAGAGCUCUUAAAAGAAUACCAGGUACAAACGGGAAACGUGCUGUUACAGUAUGUAGAUGAUCUGCUCAUAGCAGGGAAUAAUAAGGAAGAUGUAAGAAAAGAAAGCAUUCGACUCCUAAACUUUCUUGCACAAAAGGGACUACAGGUAUCACAAGAAAAGUUACAAUUUGUGGAGGAAAAAGUGAAAUAUUUGGGGCAUUAUUUGUUUAACGGCAAGAAGAUAUUGGAUCCAGAGCGCAUUAAAGGAAUUCUGGAAUUACCUAUGCCUGUCACUAAGAGGCAAAUUCGGCAGGCAUUAGGGCUAUUUGGGUAUUGUAGGCAAUGGAUAGAGAACUACAGCUUUAAAGUUAAAUUCUUAUAUGAACAACUGUCUAAAGACAAAAUACCCAAGUGGACCCCUCAGGAUCAAGAGCAGUUUGCCAGUCUCAAAAGGGAGCUAAGUCAAGCACUGGUUUUAAGCCUCCCAGAUUUAAAGCGGCCAUUCCAUUUAUUCGUUAACAUACAUGAAGGAACGGCAUUCGGAGUAUUAACUCAGGAAUGGGCCGGACAAAAGAAACCGGUGGCAUACUUAUCAAAGCUGUUGGACCCUGUGAGCAGGGGUUGGCCGAGUUGUUUACAAAUCAUUGUUGCUGCUGCCUUAUUACUUGAAGAAACGAAUCGUAUUACCUUUAAUGGAGAAGUUGUCCUAUAUGCGCCUCAUAAUAUAAGGGGGGUGCUUCAACAAAAAGCAGAAAAAUGGCUUACAGAUAGCCGACUAUUAAAGUAUGAGGGAAUACUCAUAGAAUCUCCAAAACUAUCCCUAAGGACUAUCGAAGCGGUUAACCCUGCAGAAUUUCUAUACCCAGGGGAAAGUACUGAGUUAGUACAUGAUUGUCUUCAAACGAUUGAACAACAAACACGAAUUCGACCAGAUCUAGAAGAAGAGGAAUUACAACAUGGAGAAAUAUUUUUCAUAGAUGGGUCAUCUCGAAUAGUGGAAGGUAAACGAUUGUCCGGAUAUGCCAUCGUUAAGUUGGAAAAAGGAGAAUUUAAGACAAUAGAAUCGGGCCCCCUGAGUGCCAGCUGGUCGGCUCAAGCCUGUGAGCUGUAUGCAUUGUGGAAAGCAUUAGUGUUACUGAAGGGAAAGGAUGGAACUAUAUAUACAGACUCACGCUAUGCGUUCGGAGUGGUACAUACCUUUGGAAAAAUAUGGGAGGAAAGAGGAUUUGUUAACUCACAGGGAAAAGAACUGAUACACCCGGAAUUAAUUCGGCGAGUUCUGGGGGCAUUGAAAAUGCCAAAUAAAAUAGCAGUUGUACAUAUAAAGGGACACCAGCGAGGUACAAGUUAUCAGGUUAGGGGAAAUAAUGCAGCUGAUACAGAAGCAAAACGAGUGGCAGGCAAUUAUAGUACGAUUUUGACUAUGCAACAAAUAUCUGUUAGUAAAAAUUUGAGUUUUGAGUCUGCAGAAAAGGAAAAACUAGAACAAAUGGGAGCUAAGGAACAGAAUGGUAAGUACAUAUUGCCAGAUGGGAGAGAAGUCUUGCCGAAGGGCAUAGCACUCGAAAUAUUUUCAAAAAUACACAGUAAAACACACUGGGGAACCCAGGCGUUAGUUGAUCAUUUCAAUCAACAGUUUGCCUGUAUAGGCGUAUAUAACAUAGCAAAGACAGUUACGGCACCCUGCGAGACCUGUCAAAAGGUUAAUCGAAACAACAUGAGACAAAAACCUCUUGGAGGACGUUCCCCAGCAUACAGACCUUUUUCACACAUACAAGUGGAUUUUACUGAACUACCCAGGGUAGGGCGUUACAAAUAUUUAUUAGUAAUGGUGGAUCAUUUAACACAUUAUGUUGAGGCUUUUCCUACCUCCAAGGCAACUGCUAACCAAGUUACUAAAGUGUUACUUGAACACAUUAUACCUCGAUAUGGAGUACCUGAAGUAAUCGACUCGGACAGAGGAACACACUUUGUGUCAAAAAUUGUUAGAGAUCUAACAGAAAGCUUGGGUAUUAAGUGGGAAUACCAUACGCCAUGGCAUCCACAAAGUUCGGGAAAAGUUGAAAGGAAGAAUGGAGAAAUCAAAACUAUUUUGACUAAAUUAAUGAUAGAAACCAAAUUAUCAUGGAUUAAGUGCCUACCCAUGGCACUAUUAAUUCUCAGAACCAGACCCCGAGCAGAUGUAGGAAUAUCAGCGUUUGAAAUGGUGUAUGGAAUGUCCUAUAGAAUUGAAAGUCCACAAACAAAUGUUUUAAUUCGAGACCGUGUGAUUAAUGAAUAUGUUUCACAAUUAGCAGAACAUCGUAACAAGCUUUGGGAACAUGGACUGAUUGUGCAACGACCCCCGUUGGACUUAAAAAUUCACAAUUUUAAACCUGGGGACUGGAUAUUGGUUAAAACGUGGAAAGAAGAAACCCUAAAACCCAAUUGGGAGGGACCUUAUCUUGUUUUGCUUACAACAGAAACAGCUGUCCGGACUGCUGAGCGUGGAUGGACUCAUGCCAGUCGCAUUAAAGGCCCAGUGACGAGACCCCACUGGAAAGUAAUCAGUACUCCAGGUGACACCAAGAUAACCCUGAAAAGAUAACGUAAUGAUAGAGACUUUAUUUGAUUAUUUUGUCGCAUUACCUUUUGGUAUAAAGUGUGUAUUGCUGUUUAUAUUUGCUAUAAUUAUUUCUUUUUUUAUCUAUUACAUAUGGAAGCAUACAAAGUGUGUUGAAGGAAAUUGCUAAACUUAUGCAACCACACAAUAUUGAAUAUAGAAGAUAUGCUGAUGUAAAUAAUAUAUGCACUCUAGAUAUACGAAUUAGGUGUAACAAUUUGAACUGCAAUUGUUAUCCAUUUGCUUGUUUCAGGUGUAAGGUAUGCCAGGAUAAAUGGUGGACACACUGUGAAUGUGGACACACUGUGAAUGUGGAUACCCUCCGAUAUGAGUUUACACACAGUGUUGAAAAAUCCAAAGAACUCUCACUGAGUGGAAAUUAAAACAAUUAGAGUCUAAACAAGAAAUUAUUCGAGAAUCCCAUGAGUGGUGGGAAAUUUUUACCAAAGGAAUAAACCCUCAAUAUUAUUGUUACCACUCCAACGAACCAGUCCCCUUUUUGUAGCUGAAAUCUUGGCUAUAAAGUGCAGAAGGGAAGUACUAACCGUGUCUUGCUUUGCCCCAUUAGUUAAAGC